AUGUCUGACGAGAAGGCAAAGUUUGCAGAAGCAGAAGCCCUUAGGCAUCUUGCUUUCUUUGGCAUUGCCAUCUCCACCGUUGCUACGCUUACUGCCAUUGUCGCUGUUCCGAUGCUUUACAAUUAUAUGCAGCACAUACAGUCAUCUCUUCAGAACGAAGUUGAAUUCUGUCGCCACCGUACCGAUGGACUUUGGAAGGAAUUCCAUAGGUUUGAGUCUAUAAAGGGAGUUGAAAGCCGAAUCAAGAGGAACACUUGGCGACAACAAUUCCAUGUUCCAGCUCGAGCUCGUGGAACAGGUACAUACGCACAAGGUGUUAAUGGAGUUGGAGGAGCAGGUGGAGUUGCUGGCUCCGGCUGUUGCUCUUGCGGCGUAGGUCCUGCGGGACCUCCUGGACCGCCAGGAAUUGAUGGAAACCCUGGAACAGACGGCGCACCAGGACGUGCAGGCCAGCCUGGCGCGGACGCCGAAGCUGGAGCUACUCCCAAGGGAGAAGACUUUUGCUUUGAUUGUCCACCAGGACCGGCAGGACCUGCAGGAAACCCUGGACCACCUGGACCACCUGGCGCACCUGGGUCAAUAGGAGCUAGUCCGCCGGCAGCGCCAGGUGGCCCUCCUGGACCUCCUGGCCCUCCUGGGCCUCCAGGUAACGAUGGACCACCUGGUGCACCAGGAAAUCCAGGAGCCCCUGGACAGCUUACCGAGAUUCCUGGAACUCCUGGACCAGUUGGACCACCAGGACCUCCCGGACCACCCGGACCUCCUGGAAAUCCUGGUGCCCCAGGAAGCUCACAACCCGGUCCGCCUGGACCACCAGGAGAUCCCGGCCCAGACGGCGCUCCUGGAAAUCCUGGAGUCCCUGGAAGUCCAGGCGUGUCUGGCGCUGCUGGAACUGGUGGUGGCUGCGAUCAUUGUCCACCUCCUCGAACAGCUCCCGGCUACUAA